UCCGCUAGGUACACCGUCCUAAACCUCAUCGGGAAAGGGAGCUAUGGUGUCGUGUGCGCUGCGAAGGACAACCUGACCGGCGAAGUAGUGGCGAUUAAGAAAAUACAGAAUGUGUUUGAGAACGUGGCGGACGCGCACCGAAUCCUCCGGGAGAUUACGCUCUUGCGCUUGCUGAAGCAUCCUGACAUCGUGGAGAUCAAGCACAUAAUGUUGCCUGCUGAUCCUAAUACGUUCAAGGACCUGUACGUAGUCUUCGAGCUCAUGGAGUCCGAUUUGCACACAGUGAUAGGUGCUAACGAUGACCUCACACGCGACCACCACAAGGUUUUCCUCUACCAGCUGCUUCGUGGAUUGAACUUCAUGCACACCAACAAUGUACUGCAUCGCGAUCUAAAGCCAAAGAACAUACUGGCUAACUCCAAUUGCAAACUUAAGAUUUGCGAUUUCGGGUUGGCGCGCCCGAUAAUGGGCAACAUGACGGCGCUGACACCCGUGCUUUGGACGGAUUACGUGGCAACCCGAUGGUACCGCGCGCCGGAGCUCUGCGGCUGCUUCUACGGCCGUUACACCAGCGCAGUGGACAUGUGGAGCACCGGAUGCAUCUUUGCGGAGGUGCUUCUCAGCAAACCCCUCUUCCCAGGUAGAGACGCCGUCUCACAGCUGCAGCUCGUCACUGAUUUGCUGGGCAAGCCAUCACAGGCGGUCAUUGAGGCGAUCACGAAUGCGCGGGCGCGCAAUUUUCUACAAAACAUGCCCCACAAGGAGCCAAAACGUCUGUCGAGCAAGUUUCCGAACGCAGACCCGCUUGCUUUGGACCUCUUGUCGCGGCUGCUGGCGUUUGACCCCGCUGACCGACCCAGCGCGGCGGAGGCGCUGGCCCAUCCGUACUUCGCUGGUUUGCCAGAGGUACGGCAGGAGACGGUGCCGGUGGCGGCGAGCUUUGGCUUCGAGAACUGCACCCGGCUGUCAGAGCUUGAUGUACGGCACCUUAUUUACUGGGAGGCGCUGCAAUACCACCCGCACGUACGGAAAGCGUAU